AUGGAGACGCCGCGGAGCGCCCGGCGGGCCGGCGCGGGAGCGGGAGCGGGAGCAGGGGCCGGCGGGCGGCUUCUACCUCUCGCCCUGCUGCUGCUGCUGCUGCUGCUGAGCUGCGGAGCUGCCCAGGAGCUGAGUUCGCGCGGGAGGAACGUCUGCCCGGCGCCGGGUUCCACUGGGUUUGUUUGCUGCUCAGGAUGGAGACAACAGGAGGAGGAGUGCCCGAUAGCCGUGUGCGAGGGCAACUUCACCUGCACAGACAACGAGGUGUGUGUGAGGCCGAACGAGUGCCGCUGUCGCCAUGGCUACUUCGGGGCCAACUGCGAAACCAAGUGUCCCCGCCUGUUCUGGGGCCCGGACUGCAAGGAGCUCUGCCACUGCUACCCGAACGGGCAGUGCGAGGAUGUGACGGGCCAGUGCACGUGCAACGCCAACCGCUGGGGGCCGAAGUGCGAAAACGCCUGCCUGUGCAAGCACGGGAAGUGCGAUCAGAGGACGGGCAAGUGCUCCUGCGAGCCGAACUGGUGGGGCCCCCAGUGUGCCAGCGCCUGCUACUGCAGCCUCAACUCCCAGUGCGACCAGAAGACGGGCCUCUGCCUCUGCCAGCCGGGUUGGUGGGGCCGCACCUGCAACAACCAGUGCGCCUGCAGCACCUCGCCCUGCGAACAGUUCACGGGGCGGUGCCAGUGCCGCAGCCGCACCUUCGGCCCCCGCUGUGACCGCUACUGCCAGUGCCACAUGGGGAAGUGCAACCAGGUGGAUGGGACCUGCACCUGCGAGCCGGGCUACCGGGGCAAGUUCUGCCGCGAGGCCUGUCCGGCCGGCUUCUACGGACAGGGCUGCAGGAGACGGUGCGGUCAGUGCAAGGAGCUGCAGCCGUGUACAAUUGUGGAUGGCCGUUGCCUGGCCUGCGAAGCAGGUUGGAAUGGCACCAGAUGUGACCAGAUCUGCUCCCCGGGCUUUUAUGGAGAGGGUUGUGAGCAGGCCUGCCCUCCCUGCAAGGAUGGCCACACCUGCAACCACAUCAACGGCAAGUGUUCCCACUGCAAUCCCGGCUGGAUCGGAGACAGGUGUGAGACCAAAUGUCGUAACGGGACGUAUGGGGAGAACUGUGCCUUUGUCUGCAGCAGCUGUUUUAACGGGGAGUGCCACUUUGAGACCGGGAGAUGCCUCUGCCAGGCCGGGUUCCAUGGGACAUUCUGCAACCUGACCUGCCCAACUGGCCACUAUGGUGCAAACUGUGCCAAGCUGUGCAAUUGUCAUGAGGAUUCCUGCAACCCAUUCACUGGCAUGUGCCACAUGGAGGCCAAUCAGCGGAUGGGAGUCAUUGGCGCCGGAGUUCUUCUGAUCUUGCUGCUCAGCCUGCUCCUGUCGCUGCUGUCUUGCUGCUGCAUUUGCCGCAAGAAGGAUGAGGCCCGGGACACAAACCAGGACUUGGCUCGCAAAAAAUCUUCAAGGCGCCUUUGUGGGCAGUUCAGCCAAAUCAGCCUGAAGCUUCCCCGGAUCCCCCUUCGCCGUCAGAAGUUGCCGAAAGUUGUAGUGGCUCAUCAUGACUUGGAGAAUACCCUCAACUGUAGCUUCAUUGAACCUCCUUCUGUGGUAGACCAGCCGUCCCCCUCCUGGUCGUCCAGGGGCUCCUUCUCUUCCUUCGAUACCACAGACGAAGGACCUGUCUACUGUGUGCCCCACGAAGAGAGCGUGAGCGAGAGCAAGGAGCGCGUCUCCGCCCCGAGCAGCACCUUGGAGAAGGCGCCGCAGCCCGUCCGCGAGGCGGCGGCGGCGGCGGCGGCGGAGGAGGAGGCCGGGGAGUACACCGUCUUGAAGGAGAGCGUCCCGGCCGCGGCCGACAGCGGCGAGACCCCCCUGCUCAAGUCCUCGGACAGCGAGCGCUCCUCCUGCGGCUCCGGGUCGGCCAGCGGGGCGCUCUACGCCCGGAUCGCGCGCCUCUCCAAGCAGUCCAAGGAGGAGGAGGACGCCCCGGCGGCGGACCCCAGGCGGGCCAAGCCCCCCUCGCCGGAGCGGGCCAAGCCCCCUCCGCCAGACCCGUCCACGAAGCCCAAGGUCUCGUGGAUCCACCACAAGUACAACUCGGCCCAGAGCAACUCCCUGCCGGCCAUCGGCAUGGCCGAUCUCCCGGAGCGCCUCUCCAAGCGGAAGAGGAGCCCCAGCGAGGCCUCGGCGCGGCCGCCCGCGAGGGGCAAGGAGAAGGCCCCCCGGCCCCCCAAGGAGCCGAGCGGCGCGGACGGCCAGCCCUCCCCGUCCAAGGCCAAGCCGAGGAGCAGGGCCGGCCCGGACCCCGCGGAGAACCUCAACGGCGCCCUGCAGAGCGCGCUCCGGAGGAUGGGGCCCUCCCCCACGGAGAGGCGGGGGGCCGAGGCGCCCAGGAGCCCCGCGCAGGGCAAGGCGCCCCUCCGCUUCUCCUCCGAGGCCGCCACGCUGCUGGCCGCGCAGCUGAAGGAAAAGACGCAGAGCCUCCACCGGGGCGAGGCGGGCGCGCGGCCGAACGGCAUGAGCCCCCUGCCGGCCCAGCGGGAGAAGCCCGCGCCCCCGCAAAAGGCCAAGCAGGCGGCGGCCGCCCCCGGGCCGAAGGCCGGCAGGCCGCUGCUGCCCACCUCGGCCCCCCUGCAGAAACUGCUCGGCCCCGCCGCCGCCGCGGAGCCCCGGAGCGGGGAGAAGCAGGCCGCUGGCGGCAGCCUGGAGGCGUCCCCCGGGCCCGGCGACCAGGCGGUCAAGAAAACGCCCAUCAAAAAGCCACCACGGAAGAAGGGCCGGGAGGCGGCCGCGGAGCAGCCCAAGGGAGCCGCGACCCCCCCUCAGACUGUGCAAUAA